CGGCGGCCUUGCGCGCUGGCUGGAAUUGAGCUGCGGCCCGGUGGUGUUGUGCUGCGCCCUGCGCGCGCGCAUCAGGCCACCGCGUGGGCGCAGCGCCGUUGCUAUAUCGAGAUUGCCCUCUGCCGCAAGCGCUUCCUCUGCGCUGCUGCCCGGCUGCCCCCCAGAGCAAGAUGCAGCCUCGCAGAUGCGGCAGUUGAGGCGCCCAAGCGCGAAGCUUGCGGCGCCAGCUUCUGCCCGCGCCGUGGGAACGCGUGUGCCGCACGAGAGCGGCGCGCCUCAGGGGCCUCCAUUCGAGCGUCGGGCACCUCGAUUGGGCCAGGCACAGCGUCGCGCUCGCCAGGAGAGGACGAGCUGCCCGCCAACCGCUUGCGCCCAGAAUGCUAGCCGACCAUGUCCUGCCUCGACGGGCCGGCGCGCGUCGCGAGGAGCGACGCCGCCCCAUCGAGUCCAGCGCAGCUCGCCUGUUGCGCUGCAACGCCGCCGCAAGCAGCCUCUCUCAGGGGCACGCCGCGGCCGAGAUGCGCACUUGCCGCACAGUGCCGCCACAUGACGCCGGCCAAGUGCCCAUCUGCGGCAAGAUCAGCUCAGCAAAGAGAGAUGAGGCGCGGCUCGCUGCCUCGGCCGCACCUUCGGCUUGGUUUUGCUGUUGGGGCAGAUAGGCGAGGAGGAGCGCUUGGCUGGCGGCGUGCUGCCUCGGCCUCGCUCGGGCUGCUGCGGCAGGGUGCACUCUCGUCUCGACGCCCGAGCGGCGACUUGUGCCGCGGUUGUGGCCCGAGAAGCGCUCUGCGUCUCGACGAGGCAGGCGACGAAGUGGGCGCAGCUGCGGCGCUCUGCCGGCCCGUGCUUGCGAGCAAGAUGCGGCACGCUGCGGCUGCGUGCGGCGUGCGCCUCACCUUCACCCGCCUUCUCUCCGCGCUGCCCGAAGGAGCAGCGCCGCAGCUCCGCCCGCUCUGCAUCGGGCCCGCCGUCUGCGCUUGGCAAGGUGAAGAUGCGCCGGCGGGCGGCGUGCUACCGCUCUGGGGGUCCGGAGCCGCGCUGGGCUGCUGCUCAAGGCGUGCGAGCAGCGCAGCGCACUGCCGCUUGCUGCUGCUCGUCGCGCCCGGCUGCGGCACGGCGCAGCAGCCGCGGGCAGGCACACCGUCCGCGCCCAGCGCACCCGCCCCGGCCGCUGUAUAAGAGCAGCGCCCGUCGCUCGUCCUCGCUCCUCGCCGCACUCUCUCUCCGCUCCCAUCUCCCCGCCAUUCGCCUUCUCGUCAGCUCCUGUUUCGCCACUCUCCCUCUCUCCCGCGCGUCGACACCGACGCAGCUCCUCCUUGCAGCAACCCUCGCAGCCCCUCUCACCCUCCGCCACCAUGGGCCGCGACUGGAUGAGCCCGGCCGAGAUGGCACGCGACCUCUUCGCGGGCCAGAUCAUGCUCGGCGC